UAACGUCUUUUGAGGGGGAGGGUGUCUUAAAAGCAGGAAAAAUGGUGCUACUCUUUUUAACUUUUAAAACCUUUCAUAAACUCUUCAGAUUCCAAGCACCUGCCACUUAUUCUUUUUUCAUUUUCACAUAAAAUGAAAUGAACUCCUUCGGCGGGACCCACACUCCGGCGAUCCCUCGCCGCCGGAAACACGAAAACUCACUCUUCGGAACAUGGUCAUGCACUAUACAACCCGACCUCUCUGCCAGGAAGCUCGCCGCAGCGUUAUGGCACUUUUGCUUUCUCGAGGUUUCUGGUCUUGACUGCAAGCAUGUUAUGAAGAAAUUCAAUGUAAGUUUGAAGGAAGAUAAUUGGGGUUUGAGAAAGUCGAAUAAGGUGGCUGCUAAGAUUGUUGAAGAAAGAAAAGCAACGAGUGACUCUGUUGUCUCUGCUUUGCUAUCAGAGAUGCUUCGAGCUCAAAGCUGCAUCGAUAACCUGAAAGCCGAAAACAAAUCGUCUAAGAAGAAAUUGCAACAAUUGGCAGGUGAAUUAGAGGAUAAGUUGGGAAGGGAAAGGAGAAGUAGAGAGAGGAUGGAGAAGAUGAAUGCGAGUCUGGUACAUGAGCUUGCCAAGGCCAACCUAUGCGUUAAUCAAAUUAGGUUACGCUAUGAUGAGGAGAGAAAACAAAGAGAAUUGAUUGAGCAAGUUUGCAAUGAAUUGGCUAUGCAGAUUGGAGAAGACAAGGCUAAAGUCGAGCGAUUACAAAGCGAUUUCAUGAAAAUUCAGGAGGAAUUUGAACAAGAGAGGAGCAUGUUUGAAAUGGCCGAUCUGUGGCGCCAAGAAAGUAUUCAGAUGAAGCUUGCUGAUGCAAGAAUCUCCCUUGAAGACAAGCAUAAUCAGAUGCUCAAGUUGGUGGAUUAUCUGCGCAGUUUCUUAAGAUCAAAGGGUGUUGAAGAGGCAGAUGAGGAACUCAGAAGAGGCUUAGUUAAUGAGCCAGUGAUUAAAGUAGAUUCCCUUCCCAAUCUUAAUGCUCUUUUUUCAUCUACCAUCCACAUUGUAAGCCUUGAUAAUGAAGACCAACAACAGCUGCUGCUUCGUUGACUAUCUGACACACAGAGUGAAUCAAAUUCCAUUCACUUGUUUCCUCUUGCAGCUUCCACUUUUUCAGAUUUGUCGAAAAUAACUAUAUUUGUCCUUUGAUCAAUUGUAAUCAUGCUAGAGUUAUAGCAGACAGCAUGCAUGGCGAAAUUUGUGUCCUGCUGAUACUUUUCUGUAAAACCAAAACAUUAUGUUUUCUCUUUUGCCAUAGCAAUCAGUAUUUGUUAUUUGGAAUCA